AUGUUGAAACCAACAAGGCUCCUAUUUCUAGGAGCACCAGGAUCAGGGAAGGGAACUAUACUGAAAAGGCUUCUUAAAAGGUUUCCGCAAUUGCACCCUAUAUCUUCCGGAGAUGUGUUAAGAUCGCAAAUAUCGAAGGGCACAGAGAUUGGGAAAGAGGCCGAUAAAUACAUCAAGACUGGCCUGUUGGUCCCUGACUCUACCAUGGUCAAUUUGAUAACUGAACAGCUACGUGAACUCAACGGGUUAAAUGACAAGGCCAAUUGGUUACUAGAUGGGUUCCCACGUACAUUUGCACAAGCAGAGAAAUUGACAGAGAUCUUGGAUACAACAAACGCGAACUUGAAUCUAGUUGUAGAGUUGGAUGUUGAUCAAAAGCUCAUUCUCCAUAGGAUUGAGUCGCGAUACGUGCAUUUGCCUAGUGGGAGAAUAUACAGUUUGGACUAUAAUCCACCAAAAGUACCGUUUAAGGAUGAUGUUACUGGAGAGGAUUUAGUGAAAAGAGAGGACGAUAAUGCCAAGACUUUCAAAAAGAGAUUGGACAAGUACAAUGAGGAGAUUGGUCCAUUGAGGGAGUACUACCAAAAAUUGGGAAUCUGGCAUAGUGUUUCUGGAGAAACCAGUGAUAUAAUCUAUCCUAAAGUGGAAAAGUUGGUAUAUGAACUGUGA